UGGCUGCCAUUUCUUGACGAACCCGGAAGUUGCCGCUGCUGUUUCUGUUUACAGUCGGCACGAGUUUGGCGGUUUGCUGCAGCUCGAGUUUUUAAAACAAAAUGAGCGAAACACAGAACGGAGCGGUGGUUGACGGAAUCUCGGUGCACAAUUUCUCGGAGAAGAUUUUGGAGCAGGUUGUCCAUUUUCACGUGAUGAAGCUCAGCGGCGGGUUUUUCCUCUGGGUCGGUUCAAGUCCGGUCCUGUCCAACCUGGCGGUGUCGAUGAGCAGCAAAUAUGAUUCGAUGCCAUUAUCCACAUUAGUCAUGGGGGACCCAUCCAACACUGCUGCAAACUCUUUGUCACAGAGAUUAGCAAAGAAGACCAAAAAGCAAGUAUUUGUGAGUUACAGUCUCCCAAUGACGGACUCCAACCUCAGUCUCUUGGUGGAGAACAGGAUCAAAAAGGAGCUGGAGCUUCACCCUGAACACUUCUGAACAUGUUUUAUCCUUUACUGAGCGUCUUUUGUUUUGGAACUGAGGACUUCUGGGAUGGGGGGAGAAAACACGGCAGGUCCUCCUCCUAUUUGGACUAAAAUACUCCCACACAAUAACCACACAACAGUCACAUCGAGUGUUCUUUUAUUGACAUAAUAAAUUAAGUGGUUUAUUAUCAAAACAUGUAGGCCUAUGGCUUUUUGUACAAAUGCAUCAUAUUAAAAAAAUAACACUUAGAAAACAGCA